AUGUGUUCGGAGCUGCUGGCUUCCGUGUGCCGGGCCUUCGUCGACAAUGCCCUCACGUACCCGUCGCCGUUCCACCGAAAGGCGAGGCUGUUCAUGAUGGCCUUCGUCAUGUAUUACACGUCGAAGCGUGCCGUGAUCCUUCCCAUGAUGGCUGCGGACUGGGUCGGACUCGGUUCUAGCAUAGCGGAUCUCAUGGCUCCAAAAGGUACAAGGACCAUCCCGGAAUUCCUGAAGAUUCAUUCCAGGCAAGGCGACAUCCCAGCCCUGUUGCUCGUGGAAUCCUGCGGUUUUCCCUGCGAAUGUCGGGGGAGGAGGAGCGAAACGAAAAAAGAAAUCGGGCUUUUGGAAGAGGGGAGAGAUCGGGACGAGGGCCAAAUGAGGCUCUUCGGCGGUCGAGAUCGAGACUUGGUCGUUGGGAAUUCUCUGCGGUGGUGGCCGUGGCCGUUUCAGGCCAUUGCUGGGCCAGUCAUGUAUCUCGUGUGA